AGUAACAAAUUCGAAUUUAUCUGGGGAAAAAAUGGCAUUUUUGAGGUCAGUAGUCGCCGCAAGAACGACCGCAGUAGCAGCCGCAGUCGCAAUUCCAGCCGCCUUCGCUAUCUCUUCAGUCGCAUCGUCGUCUCCUUCGUCUUCCACUUCUUUCAAAAGGCUACCCGAAAACCCAUCUUUGGGGUCGCUUUCGCUCAGUCUGUCUGCGGUUCGCGGAGCCGAAAAAUCGGGCCUUUUGAAAGCUGUAGCGAACCCGCCUUCUGUUUCUGUCGAAAUGGAUCCGGAACAAUCGACGCAGCACAACGGCGCCAUAUUGCCAGAAUUACUGACUGAAUUUAUGGUGGAUAUGAAAUGUGAGGGCUGUGUUAAUUCAGUCAAGAAUAAGUUGGAGACUGUUGAUGGUGUUAAAAAAGUGGAUGUGGACUUAACCAAUCAAGUUGUAAGGGUUCUUGGAAUUUCACCUGUGAGGAUUUUGACUGAAGCCUUGGACCAGACUGGACGGAAGGCCAGAUUAAUUGGACAAGGUCUACCUGAUGAUUUUCUAGUAUCGGCUGCUGUUGCUGAAUUUAAAGGACCAUCUAUAUAUGGUGUUGUCCGCUUAGCCCAAGUUAACAUGGAACUAACUAGGAUAGAAGCCAGCUUCAGCGGUUUGCCCCCUGGAAAGCACGGUUGGUCGAUCAAUCAAUUUGGUGAUCUCACAAAGGGUGCUACAAGCACUGGAAAUAUCUUUAAUCCCUUGAAGGAUGAAAAAGAGCCACUGGGUGACCUGGGAACAUUAGAAGUUGAUGAAAAAGGCGAGGCGUUCUACUCUGGCACAAAGGAGAAGCUAAAAGUGGUGGACAUCAUUGGACGAGCCAUAGCGGUGUAUGGAAGUGAAGAUAAAUCAGAUGAGGGUAUUGCAGCUGCAGUCGUUGCUAGAAGUGCCGGAGUUGGUGAGAAUUACAAAAAGCUUUGCACUUGUGAUGGCACAACCAUCUGGGAAGCAACUGAUGCAGAUUUUGUUAGCAGCAAAAUUUAAGUUCUGUAUAUAGUAUAUUUGUAUGUAGUACUAUGUUUCAAUAUAUUAUCAACUUUUGUCUGAAAUAAAUGAUGUUGGAAAGUAUGCUACUGAGUACACCCUCCUAGAAUACAAGCAGCAAAAAUUAACGGCUUAAAGGGUGUAUUGUAUUUAUUUUAUUUUUAUAUAUUUAUUUAAAUAUGGUACAACAGCU